AUGCUGGCAACCAAGGCUGCGCGUGUGGUGAGUGCGGCGGACGGCAGGGCGGUGGUGGACUUUGCGGCGCGGCGCACGCAGGGCAUAGACUCGGCAAUCAAGUUUGCGCGCGCCGCUUACAUAGCAGGGUUCGCAGGCACAAGCAACGUGCUUGCUGCCAAGCGGUAUGGCAUACCCCGCAGUUGGCACGAUGGCGCACACUCGUUCAUCACUUCGUUCGAUAGCGAAUUGGAAGCGUUCGGUGCCUACGCCGCGUCAUUUCCUGACAACUCCACCUUUCUUGUGGACACAUACGACACGAUCGAGGGCAUACGAAACGCGAUCACUGUUGCAAAACGAAUGAGGGAACAAGGGCAUGAACUUAACGCCAUAAGGCUGGAUAGCGGCGACCUGCUGGCACUGUCAAUCGAGGCGCGCUCGAUGUUGGAUGCGGCGAGUCUGCCUGAAGUUCAGGUGCUUGCAAGCGGCGGACUUGACGAGUUUCAGAUCGAGAGCCUGCUGAGUCUUGGAGCAACGAUUGACGGCUUUGGCGUUGGGACGAAUGUCGGAACUUCCGCGGAUUAUCCGUGGCUUGAUUGUGUUUACAAAAUGGUGGAGUAUGACGGCAGGCCCACUAUGAAGCUCAGCGAAGAUAAGGAAACGCUGGUGGGCGCAAAGCAGGUUUUCCGGUAUGUGGGCGAGGACGGAAUGUAUGCAGGUGAUGUAAUUGGAUGCACCGACGAGCCUGAGCCGGAUGGGACGGAGAUGCUGCUUUCGGAAGUAAUGAGGGACGGUAGGCGGCUGGAAGUCGCGCCCUCGCUGGCUGAAUUGCAGCAGCGAUGCUCCAGUGAAAUUGGGCGUUUGUCGGACACGCAAAAGCAGUUGCGCUCACCUGACGAGUAUCCCGUUCGAGUGAGCGAGAGGCUGCAGGCGCGCCAGCAGAGGGCGAAGCGGGACAUUCUGCGCAAGUCAGUCAAUCGAGAAUAG